GGCUGUGGUAUAACUUGCAGAAAAUGAAAAUGGCUGUCAGGAUAGGGAAGAUGAACAAUGUCAAAAUGGGGCUGUGGUAGUGGUCGUGCUGAGAGGAGGAAGCUUAAAUUGAAUAUUUUUUAAUCAAGAUUUGAUAGAGCCAGAGAGGAAAAAUGACACGUCCGUUAGUCAGUCCUUCCAAAUUCCAUGGCUUACCAUGGGAAACCUGGACUAACGCUCUGGGUCCAACUUCUCCCACUGAAGAUAAGCCUCCAGAAACAAAGCAGUCGGAGAGGAAUAAGGCUGGUGUUAUGAAAUUACCCAAAGAAGAUGAUGAUUGCUGUAGUUUAUUUUUAACCACAUUUUGUGGUCCAGUUAACUCUUCUUCCUUUGGCUUGCUCAAUUAUAUGAAAGAUAUGAAGAUCUUUGGCUUGUGUCCAGAGAGAGAUCUGUUCACAGUGGUGGUCUGUGAAACAUGCAAUAUGGUUGUUAAACCACAAGCUCUCCUGGACCAUUUUGAAAUGAGGCAUUCAAAUAAUGAUAUCCUGCCAACUCAGCCGACAGUUGGUGAGGUGGCAGUACAACAACAACCAACAACAGCAAAGGUAGUCAAGACUAUAGCCAAAAAUCCACCGGCGAAGGUGAAGACAAAAAAGACACCAAACAAAGAGAUAAGCAAAUCGAAAGAUGGAGUUGUGUCAGGAGCGCCCAGCCUACCUGUAUCUCUGACAUUGGAGACUCCUAUCCCUGAUCCUACCACAUCUAAGGGAGAGACUCUUCAACCAGUAGUAGCACUGACUCCACUAAGUAGUGGGGGAACUGCUGUUGUACCAGUUGUAAGUAAAUCUACUGCCUCCUCCUCCGCCUCUACAAUAGCGGUGCGCAGCAAGCCGCGACGUCCGCCACGCAAACAUGCUCCCAUUAAGAAGCGGGAGUAUGACCCUGACAAACACUGUGGAGUUAUCACUGCUGAGACAAUGAAGCCGUGUACUUGGUCUCUGACGUGCAAGUCUCAUCCAAUGAGUCUUAGAAGAGCUGUAACCGGUCGGAGUAAACCAUUUGACCAACUACUCGUCGACCAUCGUCAAGCGAAGGAAGCACUUCUCAAGCAGAAGAGGAACUUAGAAAACUCUUCAGUGAUGCUAACACCUCCAUCAUCCUCAUCGAGUUCAGGGUCGGAACAGAAAAUCCAGCCAUCUGAGAAGCUGUGCGUAGUCGUAGAGUCUGUGACAACACUGCUGUUACGUCUGCCUGAACUUAGCCUGGAUGUUACCCCGGCCAAGCGGAUUUACCUGUCAUCCUCACCCCAAGACUUGGUGAUCAAUAGUGUGGAAAGACCUACUUUACCCUUAACCACUACACCUGCGCCCACGCCUACAUCCACCGCACCCACACACACCCAGCUCGAUGUGGUAGCAUUCACUCUGAACCAUCCUAGAGCUCUUAAUGUGAAUCCAAUGUUCUCAAGUCACAAAAUCGGGGGUCUGGUAUACACUAACCGGCGUAUGCAGAUUGCACGGCAAGGUCUAGAGUCGUGUUUACACAGAGCAGGAAACGGCAUAUGAGUAGCAACCUAUGGACGGGAGCUUUCGGGCUCGCCGUCCACCCUGAGCAAUGUUCUUGACAACAUGAGUUCUCAGGCUGUAUCCCAGAAAAAAGCUGUCAAACGCAGUAAAUCAGACAAACUCAAUAAGCCUACAAAAAAAGUGUGCUUAUCUCAAGAGGCCACAAGUUUACUCAAUCUCCAGUUAAGUAGUUUGAAAUCUGUGCUCUUGAGACAAUACCCGAGUCCGACGAAUCGUCUUUUAGUUCCCUCGACAACAAAUCCUCACUUAACUGUACCUGGUAUUUUGAAACGAUCGACUGAUUCUCCACCUAAAGCGCAAAACAGUAAGGUGAAGAAAAAUUCUUCGGUUACGGAAUCAGUGCUGUCAGUUCAUUCCAAGAAGGGACUAGUGACCAACAAUUCGACUGUACCCUAUGUGCAGUUAGCUAUCACAAACAACAAAGUGGAUUCUGACUACAAGACCGUGAACCUGUGUGAAACACCCCCCAAGUUCACAAACAGUAAUACAGUAAUUAAUGAAACCGAUCAACAAAAGAUUGGACUAAUUGAAUGAUUUUUACUUAUUUUGUCGAUAAUAUUGCUUGUUUACUCUAACAAGGAAUACUUGUAUCAGUAUUUUUCUUAUAGUUAUUCAGAAUUAUUUUCAUGGUGAAAGAAUAAUUAAUUAUAAAUUUAAAUUAUCGUUAGAGGUAUCACCUCAUAUUACGAGUACUUAUCUUUUGUAGUACAACAAAAUGUCAUUAAACAUCACAUAAGUGUAUGUACACUUUAAUUUCUGUUCUUAAAAACUCUUCAUAUACUUAUGUUGAUUUAAGCUAACUUAAUUCAAUUUGUUAUGGUUAAUAUAAGUUUAUUCAACCCUCCAAGAGCUGACAUGUGUCCUGUGAUGUCAGCGAGCUGCUUAAUAGUGCUAACAUUGCGAGAAAAAUUUAUGAUUUUUUUAUCCUAAAAGUGCAUUUCUCCCGUUUUAGAGCAGUAUUUUGAGGCUGUGAAGACAGAAAGUGAUGAUGAAAUCAAAUCAUUUAACACAUUAAAAAUACUAUUUAAACAUUGUCAUUAAAUAAAAUUUACAAAAAAAACUGUGCAUUUGUGCACCACUUAAAGGCACUAAAAAUUGGCUUUUCUAAGGUCUUGUAAAAAGUGGAGCUAAUUUUGUUUAUUGUUUUAUUAUAUGUACUUAUUAUAGUAUGUAUUUGUAUAUACCAUAUUUGCAUACUAUUAAGUCAUUUACUAUACUUUCUCUUAUCUAUGUGUAUGUAUAAAAUAUUGAGAUUGGAGGAAACUAUUUUCAGAUUUAGUGGAAAUUUUGGGGUCAGCUAAGUCCAAAAAUUGUGUUAAAAAUAGCUUGAUUUCAAGCAAUGGAUACACUAGUAAUGAUUUAUUCAGUUAUUAAACCAAUAUGUGAUUUCUAAAACUUCAGUCCCUUGGAGGGUAACAUAACAAAUUUUACUGCAAAUUUUGAAUUAAAAAUACUGAAUAGAACACAAUUAAUAUUGUUAACCUGUUACUGUAGGUAUACACUGUAGAUUACUCUUGUUGUUGUUGCCAUUGUCUACAAUACAAUCUAAAAGAAAUAAGUGGACAGAAUAUUGUUGUUUUCUGAUAAAUAUUUCAGAGAAACAAACAAUUUGAAGGCCACAUAGGAUAUCAAAGAGAGACUGCAUUAUUGAGGAACAACUAAAAGUUCGUUAAUUGUGAUAACAAAAUGAUGAUGAAGUCACCUAUUACAAAUAAAUGAUUCUUGUUGAUUGUUAAGAAAAUCCACUAAAUUUUAUUAACUGGGGGAUUUACAGCAUUAAACCCAUUCUGUAAGUCUUGGAGUUGUAUUGGAAUAUUUAGUACUUUAUUUAUUUUUAUUAUCUUAGAUUAUCUCAUUUUAUUAUACAUUUUCUAUCACAAGCUUUGAAUAUAAAAUAAAAGAAUUAUAUACUAUUGUUAUUUUUACACUGUAAUAAAUCUUAAACAUUUUAUAUUUCCAAUACACAUAGUUCAGACUUUGAUAAUCUUUAUUCUGAUCUUGUGUUUGAUCUUUGUUUCUCUUUCCCUUUCUAAUAAAUAUUUUAAAAUUCUAUUGGUAUUAAAUUACAGCAUGACUCAUUUAAACAGUAAUAAGUUGAAAUGAACAUUAUGUGUGAGGACUGAAUACAGUACUAUAUUUAUAUAGAUACACUGAGCUGUUAUAGGUUAAAUAUCUAAUUUUCUGUUAAAACUUACUUAUGCGUUGAUUUGUGUGUGUCUAAGAAGAAUCUUUCAUUCAAUGCCACAGAGAGCAUUUUUUAAUAAUUAUUUAAUUUUGAUGAAUUUCAGUAAUAACCAUUUAAUUUAGCCAACAUUGAUGUCUACUUGUGAUUUAUUUUCUCUAAAUUGUGCCUAUGCAGUUAAAGUUCAAAUAUCCAAUAUUUAGCAAAAUUUUUACUAAUGUGAUUAGAUUGGAUUUUUUUAUUUCUACCCUGAUGUAAACUGUAUGCCAUACAUUAAAAUUCGAGCGAUGCACUAUCCACAAGCCAAGUAUUUAAAGCUAGUGUGAUGGCAGUAACAUUUUUCUGAUACCAUUGUAACUGUUGUCAAUAACCAACUAACUUUAUUUUCUAUUCCAUUCUAUAUUAGGCACUUGUUUUCCCUUCAAUUUAUUGUUUGCUUAUAAUGACAUUUUAGUUUUGAGUAUUUAGCUGUGUUGAAUUAUUUCUGUAAUUUACAAUAGCCCAAUAAUGAAUAUGGAUAUUAUGCUUUAACUGUAUAAAGUUUUGUCACAUAUAUUGUUUUGUAGUUUCUUGCAUACAGCUCCUUACAUUUAGUUGGUGAUACUCUUUCUAUUCACUGGAUAAGUCAUUAUUUAAUUUAUGUGUUUGUUUUAUCAAUCCAGGCUACUAAGAUAAUAUAGAUAAAUUAUAAUAACCAAUUUGUAGGUUCAAGUAUGCCUUAUUCAUGAAAUUCAAACUAUGGAUAGUAAAACUUAAACAAAAACUUAAUUUGAUAAUUUCUUUAAUGCCAACUUUAAGAUUGUGUGUAAUAUUCUACAAAGUGAUAGAAAAAUAUUUAUGUUCCCUAAAAAUACGUGUUGUAAAAAAAUAAUUUGUACAAAUGUUAAAAAUUAGAAAUUAUGCAUUUGUUUGUGGAUUACUAUAUUUUGUUUCCAAAUAAAUCAACCAAAUUAUGUUUUGUGCUAGUAAUUAGAUUCUUUAUGAUUCUGAAAGUGAAUGUUGAAAGCUAGAAAAAUUAAUUACAGAGCAAUAUGUGUCACUUGGACUGUACAGUUUGGUAUUAAUUCUCACUUCUUAAACAAAACAAGUAGACUAACCUCUGAUUUAUUAGUUGCAUUAUCAUUUAUGAUUGUUAUGUUGUAUGAAUAGCUUAAGGAAACAUCAAAACAGUCUUCAUACCCCGGAUUCCCAUGAUUCCUUCGGAUUAUCAGUUUGAAUGUAUAACACUACAGUUUCCUGUAAAACGUUUUCAAUGACACAGAAUACAGUUCUAGGUUAAUCGUUAAAAAUGGCUGGAAUGAAUUUAAGGAAUUCGUCUUUCUCCCCCUGCCAGAUGUUUGUGGCCUGCUCUCUGGUAACCUCUUCUGACAGUUAGGUGAUUCUGCAACACGAGGGUCACACAAAAAUGUUGUGUGCAGGGAAGUUUUAAGACGAUAAUCUUUAAAAUAUUAAUGACUGACUCAUUUUACAGCAUCCAAUACACAGUAAUACUUGACAUGUAGCAAACUGAGUGAAACAGUUUACAAUUUGAUCCCGUAGCAAAGCACAGGUAUUCAGCUAAUUUAGUAUAAAAACUUGUUGGAUCGUUACAAAAUAUUUUGUUACCCAAAUCAUUUAAAAUACAGUUUAAAUAUAUCCAAUGUGUUUGUGUUUGGCUUAAUUCAUUGAAGUUGUGUAUGCGGUUGAACAUAAAAAAGCUUUUUGUUUAAGUGAUAUAACACGGAUACCUAAUUAGCUGUAUUUGCAGUUACACAUUAUCACAUGAUGUGAGGCUGUAAAUAGAGUGAUAUUGGGAGAAAAUCAUAUUGUCCUGUGUAGAGUUUAGAUUUAAUGCAGAGUGUGCCGUAUUGCUCUACCUUUGUAUACUUCUAAUGAUUCAAAGCAUUUCCAUUUGAGCUCAAGCUAGAUUGUGCAGAUAGCUCUCAAAUAGACACAAUUGUGUUUAUAGUUCACAGUAGAUUGAAUGGUUGUUGUGUGCUUUAACAUUUUUGGCCUAGGUAUUCAAUUAUCUAGCAAUUUUAAGGCUCUGCCUUGCUCUAGAGUACUGUAUCGAUCUAGUGUUGAUUUCAGGGUAGAGUGUCGUGGUGCUAUAAGAAUGUACAGUAGAUCGUAACACAGAAUUGAUUUAUGAAUAAGCUAAUUACUGUGAAUAGUUAAUUUUGAAGUAAUUGGAACAUUAACAUGCACGAAAGGAUUGGUGCCAGUAACAAAAAUGGUUCAGUGAUCAUGCAACUAAGUUUAUAAUCAAAAUUGAGUUUUGAAGGUUAUAAUUAAGAAAAAUGCUAUUGGAUAAGACCCAAGUGACUAUUGCGCUCAGACUCUUGACUUACUGAUGUGUUAACCAACAGCUCGCUACUUGUAGUCUAGUACUGUACUGUAUAUAUUAUAACUAGCGUUUCUGUAAAUGUGUUGUAUAGUCGAGCUCAAAUCUUUCAUUUAAGUUGUACAUGGUUUUCCUUAUCUGUUAUUUUGUAGGAUAUUUGUACAUUGUUUUAUGCUGCCUGUGGUCAGCCAACAAUUCCUUGUAAAAUAUUUUUUGUAAUAUAUUAUUUAUAUUAUACACAAUAUACUUAAAUAUGGAAAGAUUGCCUCAGGAAACUGCACUCUAUUUAUGACUUUUCAACAUUUUGUACCCCUAGAAAUAAGGUCAAAUCAAUAGAUUCAGUUGAUUUAUGUAUAUUAUUUCUAAUACAUGUUUAUGUUAAAAACGUAAAACAAUAUUUUUUAUGUUGUUAAUUCAGGGAAAAAUAUAUUAUUCAUUGUCUGAUAUUAAUUAUUAUAAUUCAAGAUUUUUUAAUAUUAUACACCGUCAAGUGUUAAACGUUUUAUUGUUUCACAGAAAGUUGAAGAUUGGGCUAAUAAAAGAACGUGUGAUUUGUUCACAGUAAUAUUUUUAUCUUCUAAGAAAUUCACACAAAUAUCUGGUUUUAAAUUUAUUACAUGUAGAGCUGUAUGAAUAAUUUUAAUGUUAUCACCAAAACCUGUGAAUUGAUUCUUGAUACCUAUAAAUAUAAAAAUGCUUAAUGUACCUGAAUCUUAGUACUUUUCUAUCUCAUAUUUUAACCACUUUUACCCUUUGGAGACCAACUUCCGAUAUAUCGAACUAUGUGCAGUCAAUGCUUAUAGGGAGUAAACAGAGAGUGGGACUAUUUUAUUAUCCGGAGGUCACUAUUUUAAAUUACAGUUUUAAGUACACUACAAUAAAUUACAGUAUUAAAAAGAACAAAAAGUCACAAGUAAUUACGACAAGUUUAUCGUAUUCUGCCUCCCAAAAGGGAGUGAUGUCGGUGAGAAUUGAGUUGAAUGUUGAAUGCAUCGCCACCAGUUGCCUCCAAUAAAAAACUUUCCUCGUCAGUUAAUAAUUAUUCAUGAUGAAAUUAUAAAUUAAUCAAGCACAUGACACUCAGUGAAAACAAAUACAAAAAUAACAACAAUUAAUUAUUCGCAAGUGACCGUGAUUUGUGCGUCUGGGCCUACUUGAAUGGUCGCUGAUCUAGGCCUAUUUGGAGGUGAUUUGGCGGCAGGAAGUAUGACUCAUCUGGUAUUUUUUUUAUUCAUUAUGAAACAAGGAAAGUACUAGUAACAUAUAAUGAAGUUUAUUUUUGUCUCUCGAUGUCUCUCAAAACGGUUGCUGUGUUACUUAUUUCUGUGUUUCGUUUGAUUAACGUGAACAAUGAGUCAGUGUACUGAACAAGAGUAGGCAUAUCUGGAAAAUAUUUGGUUUAGUUCUUAUGAGUCCAAUUUUAUCCAUUGAUUGUUGGAAAGUGGUAUUUAGGAUGUUGUACAAAAUAUAUAUAAAUAUAUAAUAUUCCUAACUGAGAAUUAUCUUGAGAGUCAUGCUUUUUUUAGUUCUAUAUAGACAUAUUCCCUGUUAGAAUACACAAGGCUUUAUGCCUCAACAUUUUUUUAUCACUGUCAAGAGUGGUUUGAAACUAUUUUUUCUAAAAUGUCAAAUUUACAAUACCGGUACUUGAUCUAUACACAACACUAAUCAUUAAAACUGAACUACAGAAUACAGGUCACAAUACGUCUGCGUUCGUCUACUAACCACCUAAGACUGACCAGAGAUUUUAAGAAGUUCAUCUAGCAUGAACCAAUAAUAACAAAAGGGCCCAUUCCUAUCCCCCUUCCUUUAUAUUUCUGCUAUCUUGUUUUUGUCUGCCAUGACGAUUGCCAUUGGCUAGUGCCCUCUGGUUUGAUUUGUGGUUCCUAAAAUAAAGCCAUUUCCCUCGAAAUUCUGCAAAUCCCAUAAAAAUAGCCCAGUAUUUCUCGCUUACUUCUUGUAGUGUAGUCUGGUCUCCAAAGGGUUAAAUAUAAUAAGCAACAUUUUAUCUUAAUAUAUUUGUGACAUGUGAUUUAAACUUUUAUUUUUGUUUACCGCAGGUCAAGAUUUAUGUAAUAGGAGUAAUUUAACAUUGGUGUGUCAAGUGGAAGGAAGGUACCCUUAUUUAAAUAAGUAACAGCAUUAACAAAAAUAUUACUUUGAAGCUUAUUUUAGGACCAUUUUGCUCUAUCUUCCAUAAUUUUAACAUAUGUACAUUUUUCUUAAAAAUAAAAGAAGAUAACAUACUAUAAACGCUUAUAAAUUAGGUUGGGACUUUGCGAACAACAUACUGUAAACCUAUUUUUGAAUUCCUAGUAAAUCUUUAACAUAUUGACUGCCAAAUAUUUUGUAUGGGAAUAGGUUGAUUUCGAUACUAGAAAUUUCCCAUAUAACCUUUGAUUCAACAAAGCAGGCAUCAAGUGCCUUUAAAGCUGUGUAUUCCUCUCUGAAUUUUGCUCUUAAUUGACGGUUUAUUAAGAGGGCUACAAUCCACUUGACAACAUCUGAAGGAACUCCUAUCCUUUUCAGUUCUGCUUCCAUGGGUUCUUAUGCUACUCUGUUCAAAGUUGCUCCAAUGUCCAUAAGACACUACUAGAGCUUCCUUUUUCUUGAAGGUGUCUUUUACUUACUCCACGAUAUAUAUGGAGAACGGUAGUGGUUGACCUUCCUUCUACAUGUGCAUGUUGAAAUAAGUCUGAGUGGGCAUACCGAAAAGGUUUCAUUCCUUAUGUGUUUAUUUAUAAUUUUUUUCAUGGUUUUCACUAUGAAGGAGGUUAGGUUGAUCAGCCUUUAUAGCUUAGGCUGAGACAAUUCUCUAUCCUUUCUUUCACCACUAAUGCCAUCCUCCAGUUCUUUGGAAUAUAGUCAAAAUCAUAGUUGCUCCUGAAGAGGGGUAUUUGAUUAUUUAUAAGAAUAUAUAACCCUUUGUGUAAUAGGGGCAGAAGAAAUAUCCCAUCCACACCUGGUGAUUUAGAGUACUUAAAAGAAAUGACAGCCCAUUUAACCCUUUCUACUGAGAAGAUUUUCCUUGAGUGCUGUCUGGUCCUGACAACCUCCCGACAACACCCACCCCCUCUCAGUAUAUUAUAUAUUAAUAUAAUUUUCCUUCAAAAUCAUAAGGACCUCUAUACGUAUUUUAUGUAUUCUCAGUAGUGAUUCCAACAAUGGUAUCAAGAGUCAAUAUUCCGUAAUUUGGUGUGGUGCGGUCAGGAUUACAAACAUGUUGCACUUUAAAAUUGUAUUAGUGCUGAUAAUAUCUGUUUUAUGUAAUGUUCUUGCAAUAUCUUUUCAUUAUUUAAUCACAUUGUAAUUCUUUUUAAGUAAGAUAUGGCUAUUUUUAUUUACUAAUAUUUUUUGUAUAUGUACAGUAUAUAAUACACUAAUAUCACAACUGCUUAACAUUUUUGUUUUCUACCACAUGUUUUUAUUCAAAUGUUCUAUCAUUUCUUUACAAAUGAUACAUACUAAUUAAAUGAAACAUAAAAAGUUCAGGUAGACCAUAACAGAAUCUAUUUAACAAGCUGCUUGAUGAAAAAACUGUUUUAUGAUGAUGAAUUAAAGUACUUGUACCUGUAUAAAAGGUUCUGCUUUUAGUAUGUCAAUACAGCAAUUGCAAAUGCUUUCAAAGUAUUAUAUGUUUGUUGUCAUUAACCGUAAUAUUUUAACUAAAAAGAUCUUUUAACAUUUCUUGGUUAUCUUGGUAAUAAACUAUUCUAUAUGAGUUUUAAAGUUUAUUUCUGUAUUUGUUAAUUAUAUUUCUUAUGUAAGGUCUAAUAAUAAAAAAUGUAUACCGACUAAAAUAUACUCUCUUCUAGUAUAAUUAAAAAUAUAUACUGUAUUGUUAUCAUUAUAAUACUUAUAUAUAUUUAUUAAUUUUGGCAUAUUUAUAAUUUUUCAUAAAAAAUAGGUCUGUCAAAUAAAUUAUUGAUACAUGUAAAUUUUGGAACUCAUUUUAGUUUUCUUUGUUUGAUGUUCUUUUAUAAGUCAUAUGUUUGUCCAUAAUGGCUAAUCUGUGUUUAUACAUACAACUACAUGUAAAUUUUGGCUAAGUAAAUUGCUAAUAUUCAUGGGACAGGAGUUGGACAUACACCUUUUUUUAAAAGUAGAGUCCAAAAUAAAAUAAUAAAUUGUUGUGAAGUGCGGA